AACACCACUUCCUGAAGAUCAUCAAGCAAAUAAAUUCUGGGUUAUAACAGUUGACACCCUUCGUUGAUCAGUUUAAAAUUCCUUAAGUGCUAUUGUUCGCAGAUAGAAUAAAAAACGAACUGUCAUUCUUCGAGAAGACAGUUUUCCAACCUUUUAACCAGCCCAAGACACCUCUAACAUCAACAUUAUUUAGUAAUGCAAAGCAAAGCAUGACUAAACACCUAAAAUAAUGUAUACGUGAUAGACAUUUCAUUCUAAAAAUGGCAAAUGCAAUUCCAGAUGAUAGUCCAAGAGACAUGAAGGAGAUUGAGAAAGGAAGGGAAAUGCAAAAUGGCAGUGCUAUGGCUCAUGUUGAUAGAUAUGGUUUCAUGGGUGGUGACCAAUACACUGACCCAGAUGAAGAACACAGGAUUUCAUUUGAGAAAUUAAGAAAAAGAGAGAUGAAAUGGCUUGAAAUGUUUGAAAAUUGGGAAAAAUGUAUGAGUAAAAGAUUUAAAAAGAUUAGAGAAAGAUGUCGUAAAGGUAUUCCUCCCUCCCUGAGGUCAAGGGCAUGGCAGUAUUUAUGUGGUAGUAAGUUCCUAAUGGAACAGAAUGCAGGAAGAUAUCAGGAGUAUUUGAAAAGACCUAUUAAACCUCAGUGGGAAGAUGAUAUCAAAAAAGAUUUACACAGACAAUUCCCAGCUCAUGAAAUGUUUACUGCUCGAGGAGGACAUGGCCAAGAAGAUUUAUUCUACAUCUUGAAAGCUUACACAAUACACAAUCCACAUGAUGGGUACUGCCAAGCUCAGGGGCCAAUAGCAGCCAUCUUACUGAUGCAUAUGCCAGCUGAGCAAGCUUUCUGGUGCCUAGUAUCUAUUUGUGAGAAGUAUCUUCCUGGUUAUUAUAGCCCUGGUUUGGAAGCUGUACAAGUAGAUGGAGAUGUUCUGUUUGGUUUACUGAAGAAGACUUCCCUUCCAAUACACAAACAUCUAAAAAAGCAGAAAAUGGAGCCAAUAUUGUAUAUGACUGAGUGGUUUAUGUGUGUAUUUACUAGAACGUUGCCAUGGGGAUGUGUGUUACGUGUGUGGGAUAUGUUUCUGUGUGAAGGUGUCAAGGUUGUAUUCAGAGUAGCUUUAGUACUAUUCAGAAUUGCACUUGGAGAACCCGGGUGUUUAUCACAAUGCCCUACAAUGUAUGAAACCUUAGAGAAAUUAAGACGACUACCUAUACAGACAUUAGAGGAAGAAUUUUUAGUUCAAGAGUCAUUACGACUUAAUAUAACAGAGAGAGAUAUGGAAAAGGAACACCAAAAACAAAUACAGCGUAGAAAGACAAAAGAAAUGAAUGGGGAUAAACCAGGCAGACGUAAACAUAGAUCAUAAGUCUCAAUUGAUCAACAAGAAAUCAUAUGAUGAACACACAUUUCAACAAAAUAUAAGGCAUUUGAUUGACAAAGCAUGUGAACCAUAGUCAAAGGUCAUGUGAUCACAAUUUCAUGGCAAUUAAGGUCACAAGCCAUGUGACAUAAAUCAAGUGGUACAUCUGAAAGACAUGUGAUCACAGUUUAUGACAUAUUGGUAUAUAGGGUAAUGAUAUUAUUGAAUGAAAUUGUUUUGUAAUUUAGGCUUUGUACUUAAAUGAAUAUUUAUUUAUGCAUUUGAAAAUAUUUAGUGAAAACUGAAAUAGAUUUUGGCAUCAGUCAUAGUGGAACUUACAGUCCUUUUGUGGACAUAGCUUGUAGAGCUUCUAUAUUAUGGUAUUUAUGCAUGUAAAGAACCUGUCCUGAGUGAGAAAUUGUGUUGUUUCCCUUAAAAAUAGAAUGUAUUAUGUACACAACCUCUCCUCAGUGUAAAAAAGAACUAUUCGGGCAUGCUUAAAGUUAAAAAAGAACAUAUAAAUGCAAAGAAAAACUCAAUAACUGUUCUGCUGGUAAUCAAAACAUCCACAACAGAUGCACUACACAUAACAUUGCAGUGCAAUUGUCUGUUUAAUGAAGGAAUUAGCUCAUAAACUGAUCAAGGUAAGUUUGUAAUGUUAUUUUGUUAUCUCUAAAUCAUAACAUAAAGAUAAGUAGACAUGGUAUGAUUGCCAGUGACACAACCUUCUAGACUGUAACUACUCAUCAGUCACAUCAAUUGUUUAUUGUCUCACCUGCAGUGAAAGUCCCAGACUGGGAUAGUCACUGUAGAUCUCAUUUGUUAUUACUAUAAAGCAAUGUAUGAUAAUUAUGUACAUAUGAUAAAAUAA